AUGUCAACCAAAGAUCCCAUUGAAAAUCCAUCAGUAACCCGUUUUCGUGAAUAUCUACGUAUAAAAACUGUUCAACCUAAUCCAGAUUAUGAAGCUUGUAAAAAAUUCUUGUUACAACAGGCAAAAGAGAUCGGAUUGUCUUCGAAAGUGCUUGAGUAUGUUAAAGGAAAACCCGUAGUUGUUUUAACAUAUGAAGGUUGCGACAAAACCCUGCCUUCUAUCCUUUUAAAUUCUCAUACUGAUGUUGUUCCUGUAUUUGAGGAUAAAUGGAGUUGUGAUCCAUUUGAAGCUUGUAAAUUGAAAAAUGGUGAUAUAAUAGCAAGAGGCGCACAAGAUAUGAAAUGUGUAGGUGCUAGUUAUCUAGAGGCAAUGAGAUGUUUUAAAAAUCAAUCAAAACAACCUAUCAGAACAAUUCACUUAUCAUUUGUUCCAGAUGAAGAAAUUGGUGGUGUGGAUGGUAUGUAUAAAUUUGUGAAUUCUGACGAUUUUAAAAGUCUGAAUGUUGGAUUUGCGCUAGAUGAAGGAAUUUCUUCUCCAAAUAAUAAUUUAAGAUUAUUUUUUGGUGAACGAGCACCUUGGUGGAUAACUGUAACUAGUAGAGGUAACACAGGGCAUGGAUCACAAUUCAUUGAAAAUACUGCAACUUAUAAAUUGGAACAACAACUAAGAUUUAGUGUACAUGCAGAUGGAAGGAAAUACACUCUUGGUGAUGUUACAAGUGUUAAUCUUACAUUAUUAGAAGCUGGGGUUCAACAUAAUGUCAUUCCAUUAGAAGCAAAGGCUGGUUUCGAUAUCCGUGUUUCUCCAAAUGUUAAUUUGACAGAAUUCAAAAAAUUUCUUGAGGAUUUGAUUUAUUCAGAAUCAGAGACUACCUUUGAAUUUGCACAAUGUCAUGAAGACAAUACCUGUACUCAUUUAGUUGAUACUAAUAUAUGGUGGGUGACAUUUCAAGAUGUUUGUAAAAACCGAAAUAUUACUAUAGUACCAGAAAUUUUUCCUGCUGCAACCGAUUCACGUUAUUUACGUGAAAAGGGCAUACCUGCAUUUGGUGUCUCUUAUUUGAAAAACACACCAAUUUUGCUACAUGAUCAUGAUGAACGCAUCAAUGAAGAAUUGUUUCUUGAAG